UCUAUGAAUAUAGAAGAAUGUUGUUCUUUAAUUUCUUUUGGAAACAUUUACCUUGAUCUCAAAAAUAACACAAUAACCCGAAGAAGCCUCAUUUGCCACCACUGGUAUUGACAUCACUGACCAUGUGGUCAAACACAUACACCUUCCUACUUCUACCCUCAUUCUUAAUUUUUCUUAAAGAGAAAAGCCUUUCUUUUUCCAGAAAGAUUUCAGUAAAUGCCCUGGAAAGACGAGAAAACACCUCCCUCUUCAAAAACAUCAUCUCCAUAGCAAUACGUAUUUGGGAGACCCAGGCUGUCUUCCCUGGAGAGAAGGCCACACCCAGACCCCAGGUAGAGCAGGAGUCUUCAAAAGGGAGCCUCAUGCAUUAGCCAGAAGCCUAGUUUGUCGUGUCUGGCAGGUAAAGUGUCUAGGAAGAGUGUGGCUGAGAGGAGUCUGUCUGGUGAUGGGGCCACAUGGGCCUGGGUAGGUGUGGCUUUAACUGCAGAUGCCUCAUGAGGAGGCUGAGAGAGAGCGGAAAUGCAUGUCUGUGGUUCUGUCUGAUCCUGGGGAGGGUAGGUGUGUCUGACCGGCUCCGGGUUGCAUGCAAAAUGGCUGACACAUAAUCUUAACCCCUUGUCUCUUCUCUCUCUAACAGGGGAUGAUUUUUGAGAAGCUGGGACUGUGUUAUGCACCCCAGUUUGCCAGUUUUGUGCAUGAUCUGAGGCCACUCAAGAGAGAUCCUGAUGUUGUGGUCACGGAUCUUCGCUUUGGGACAAUCCCUGUGAAACUAUACCAGCCUAAGGAACACUCCUCCACUCUUAGGCCUGGCAUCAUCUUCUUCCAUGGUGGUGGGACCAUCCUAGGGAGCUUAAGAACGCACCACAACAUAUGCUUACGUUUGUCCAAGGACUGCGGCUCUGUUGUUUUGGCAGUCGGAUACAGAAAGUCUCCCAAGUACAAGUACCCAGUGAUGAAAGACGACUGUAUAGCAGCCACCACCCAGUUUCUGAAGUCGUUGCAGGUGUAUGGAGUGGACCCAGCUCGGGUUGUGGUCUGUGGUGACAGCGUGGGAGGGAACGCAGCCACUGUGGUUUGUCAAGAAUUUCUGAAGCAAGCAGAUCUUCCCCAGAUCCGGGCUCAGAUUUUGAUCUACUCUUCACUGCAAAGCAUAGAUUUUCGGGGUCCUUCUUAUCAACAGAACGCCAACAUCCCACUGCUCUCUUGGAAUCUGGCCUUUUACUGUUGGUGCUGCCACCUAGACUUGAGGACUUCCUGGAAAAAUGCCAUCAAGAACGGUACCCAUUUGCCUCCGGAAGUCUGGGAGAAAUACAGAAAGUGGUUGGGCUCAGAAAACAUCCCAGAGAGGUUUAAGAAGCGAGGCUACCAAUACACACCCCCAGGACCUGUGAAUGAAGACGCUUACCAGGAGACAAACCUCAUACUGAACUCAGUGUGCUCGCCCCUCAUCGCAGAAGAUGAUAUAGUGUCUCGGCUCCCAGAAACCUGCAUUGUGAGCUGCGAGUAUGACCUGCUUCGGGACCAUUCCCUCUUAUACAAGAAGAGGCUGGAAGAUCUGGGGGUGCCUGUGACAUGGCACCACAUGGAGGAUGGUUUCCAUGGAGUGCUUAAUACCCUUGACUUUGGCUUCUUGACUUUCCCUUGCUCCUCAAGAAUUAUGGAUGUGGUUAUCCAGUUUAUUAGGAAGUUGUGACCCUCAUCCCUUCCUGUGGUGGCUCCACCAACCUAGUCUGGGUCCUAGAAGAGUACAGUGUAUGCUCUUUAUGACGAAUAGAGAAGAGACAGCCUGGGGAGAAUGCAGAGAGACUCUAUGUCCUUGUUCACUCUUGGGGAAAGUCUGAGCUGACCAUCUUCAGCAUCCAUUUGAGAGACUGAAUCUGCAUGAAGCUUGUCUAUAAUCCCCUUAGCUAGAAGUCAGGCUGUCUAGGCUGAUUGAGACUGUAUGAUAGGUGUAGCUGUUAGACUUGACCUGGAAGAAAACGGGUGUGUUGUGUACAGUCUCGCUGAGCUUUGCCAGUGUGGCUCAGGAUGUAGAACUCUGGUGUCCAAGUCUGUUGGGUGGUGGGUGGUCAGUGGUGGUGGUGACACUUUCUGGGUGCCCCACUUUCUUGAACUGAAAGCUAUGAGACAAUAGACAGAUUCUCCAUGGUACAUGGUAUAAAUGGAGACUUUUCUCCUUGUCUGGGCCCAGUGGAACGGUUUCCCUCUGCCUACCAGUCCUCGUAACCACUUAUAAGAUAACCACUCAGAGGCUCAGUAUUAAUUGUAAUUGUUUGGUCAAUGGCUUAGGCAUAUUACUGAGUAGCUCUCACAAGUAAAUUAACCCAUCUCUAUUAAUUCGUAUAUCGUCACAUGGCCAUGGCUUACCAGUGAUACCCUUGCAUGGUACUCCUUUGGCUGCUACAUGGUGUAUGCCUGACUCUGCCUUCUUUCUCUUUGUAUCUUUGGAUUUCCCACCUGGCUCUAUUCUGCCUGGUCACCGGUUAAAUCAGCUUUAUUCAUCAACCAAUGAGGGAGACACAUAUUCACAGCAUACAGAAGGGCAUCUUACAUCAACAUGGCUCUUCUAUAAAGAUGGAUAAAGAUAGCCAGAGUUGUAUGCCUAGGAGAACUUAGAAGUUCUGGUAUCAGAGUUGAAUUCCCAAAAAAAUGACCCUAAAGUAGUAUCAUAAUAAGACCAGAAGGAAGCUGAGUUCAACCCAACUCAGACCACAUUCACAGCCAACGGAAUAGAUGCGUUAGUGCGAACUAUUUGUUUUAAGACAAGGAAUCAACAAAUAUUGCUCCAAUUAGCCAUAAAGUGGAUUGGCAUAUGUAGCUGUGAAUCUCAGGUAUAAAUCAGGUGUGGUCUGAUGGAGGGAUUUUAAGAUAAGAGCACUAACUUACCCUCUCUUAUUUCUGCCCU